AUGGAACUUCAUUAUCCUUCAGCAUAUUCAACACCGACUACUUUAAAUAAUUUACAAAUUAAUGAUCAUUCAAAAAUCACUUCGGUCAAUAAUACGACAUCGAUAAAUCCUUUCAUUGAUAAUCUAAAUUUUAUACCAUUGUCAACAUCAUCGUCAUUAUCAUCAUCAGCAUCAUCGCCGCCGUUAUCAUCAUUAUCAUCAUCGUCAUUAUUAUUAUCAUCAUUAUCAUCAUCAGAACUUCCAUAUCAUCAUAAUAUCUAUUCAUUAAAACAAUAUCAAAAUAAUCAUAUGAAUACAAUUGAAACACUGUCAAAUAUAUUGAUCCCUGAAGGUGAAGACGAAGGAGGAGAAGAAGAAGAACAUCAUGGAACUAUGAAACAAUUGAAUCUAUUUGAUUUUGGUGAAUCAUCAUCAAGUAUUGAAACAAAUCAUAAUAAUAAUAAUCUAUCAAAUUAUUUUAAUCAAUCUGAUGAAUAUACUACUCAUACAGAUUGGUUUUCUCAACUAUUACAAACCACAACAGCAACAACAACAUCAAUAACACCACCCCCAACAACAACACCACCACCACCAUCGGUAACAAAUUUAUUAAGUUCUGAAUUCACAUCAACACAAAAUUGUAUAAGUCCAUCUUGGAAAAAUAAUGAUUAUGUACAUUAUUCAUAUACAAAUUAUUCAACUGAUAUGAAUAUUCAACAACACCACCACCACCACCACCAGCCCCAGCAACAACAGGCAGAUUAUCAACAAACUGGACAGGUAACAUUUCAACAAUUUCAAGAUAUUCAAUUAGAUCAAUCGAAUCAACAAACAUUCAAUAUUGAUCAAUAUGAUCUAACCUAUUAUAAUCCUAUUCAAUCCUUACAUACUACUUAUAUUACUACUACUUCUACUACUACUACUACUACUACUAAUAAUAAUAAUAAUAAUAAUAAUAAUAAUAAUGAAAUAAGCAAUCAUUAUAAUAAGGAUAAUAAUAGUAAUAAUAAUAUGCUUAUGAAAUUACAUCAAUCUAUCUCUCCUAUACAAUAUAAUGAACAAACAAUUCUAUAUCCAUCAAUUUAUGAUCAUAAUGAUCCUUAUCAUGAUCACGAUCACAAUCAUCACGAUCAUGAUCGCGAUCAUCAUGAUCAUCCUGAACAUUUCUAUUGUGAUUUAUGUUCAUUCAAUAAUUCAUAUCCAUUCAUAACAAAAUCAAAUUUUAAUUUGAAUCAAUCAAUAAAUCAAUUAAAUUGGAUCAAUAAUAAUCAUAUUAAUAAUCAAUAUUUUCAAGAAAAUUUAUAUUAUCCAUCUUAUAAUCAAUAUAUCAAUAAUAAUAAUAAUAAUAAUAAUAAUAAUAAUAAUCAAUAUAAACAAUUAAUUAUACAAAAAAAGAAACAAUAUAAAAAAUAUUUAAAUUAUGAAACUAAUUAUAAAACUCGAAUCAAAUCAAUAAUAUCGUCACCAUCAACACCACCACCACCACCCCAGCAACAACAAUCACCACGGCAACAACAACAGCAAUUGAAAACAACAACCACAGCAACAAAAUUAACGACAUUAUUUCAUAUUACUAAUGAACAAUUAAGUAGUUUACUACCAUUCAUAACAUGUAAUGAGAUAUUUGAUAUAUUAUAUAAAUAUAAUCCACCAAAUACAAUGGCACAAUUUCAAACUAUCUGUAUUCAUAAUAAUAAACAAAAUCAAAUUUAUUUUCGUUUAAAAGAACAAAAAAUUUGGUCAGAUAUAUAUUUACAUAAUACAGAAAUGAUAGCAACUAAUACAGGAAGACGAAUUUUCCCAUCUUUAUCCGUUGAUGUAUUUGGUUUAAAUUCAACUGAUGAAUAUAUUUUUUUAUUGGAUAUGCUUUUAAUACAACCUCAUAUAUUUAAACAUCAAGGUGAUCGAUGGAUUAUAAGUAGUCAAUCUGAAGUAUUAAAUAAUAAUCAAACAUUAGAAGGUAAAUAUUAUAUUCAAGAAGAAUCACCUAAAACUGGUGCAUAUUGGAUGGAAUCUGGUGUCAAUUUUACUCGUGUUAAAAUUACAAAUACUAAAGAAAUAAAACCAUAUAAAAAUAUGAUUCAUGUCAACAGUAUGCAUUAUUAUAUUCCAAGAAUUUCGGUUGUACGUCUAAAUAAUUCAAUGAAUAAUCAAUCAAAUUGUUAUCAUUCAUCUAAUCAAUUAGAAUUAAUUGGUUCUUAUAUAAUACCUGGUACACAAUUUUAUACAGUAACAGCAUAUCAAAAUCCAGAUGUUAUACGUAUUAAAAUUAAUAAUAAUCCAUUUGCUAAAGGAUUUCGAAAUCGUCAAGAUACUGAUGAUUUUAAUGAUUUAGCUGUUUUAUCUGUUAUGAAUUCAAGGAAUAAAUUAAUGACAACAUCAACAUCGUCAACAUCACCAUCACUAUCAUCGUUAUCAGUAGUACCAUCGAUUAGCUCUUCUCAAUAUACACACAAGAAUUAUUCAAUUGAAACCUAUCAAUGUUAA